AUGGGUCAAGUGAGGAUGAUUGAAGAAGUAGCGCCGCUGGAUUUGGUUGUCGAAUUGAGGGUGCCGAAGAAGGUUCUUAUCGAUCGGCUAUCCAAACAACUAGUACAUCAUGGAUCAGGAAGGACUUACAACCUGGACUUCAACCCUCCGAAAGUUGAGGGGAAAGACGACAUAACGGGCGAACCGUUGUUCAAGAGAGAGGAUGAUGCCGCAGAAGUCGUGGGACGAAGACUGGAAGUGCAUGAGAAGACAGAAAGUAAAGUAGUCGAUUACUAUAGAAACCAUGGAAUUUGUGUGACGAUGUCUGGUGAUAAGUCGCCGGUAGUUUUCCAAGCUGUUUCGGAAAUGAUGAACGAUUUGCUGAAGAAGCGAGCGUUUGGAUAA